AGAGAGAGAGAGAGAGAGAGAGAGAAUCACAUCAGCAAAACAGAAAGCACAACCAGCAGUCAGAGAGCUAAGAGAACAGCUGAACAUAUUUGCUGUCAUUUUCAAGGAGAGCUGAACAGGAAUACAAACAAGUCACAAGAUUCAUCAAAAUACAAGCAUCAUGACUGAUUCCAAGAAAAGUGAGAUGCAAAUUCGGGAUAAAGCCAUCCUGCAUCAGCAGAGACGUCUGAAACAGGCAACACAGUUCACACACAAGGACUCUGCUGGCCUGCUUCCUCUAGAUGGGCUGAAGCAACUGGGGACAUCCAAAGACCUGCAGCCUCACAGUAUCGUGCAGCGGCGCUUGCUCGAAGGCAACAUCACCCGGCUGAGAGGGGAGGGCAGAGACUUUGGCUCCCAGGUUCGAUCGCCACUGGUGGAAGAGAAGGGUGACCAGAAGGAGGAGAUUUAUAAACCAAGGAAAUCCCUGAUUGUUCACUGCACGUGCUGUGACAAGGAGGUCAAGGCCACCAUCAACACAGGGUACCAUCAGAACAUUGUAUCUCAGAGCUGCUUCAGACAAUUAGGACUGACUGACAUGCAGGAGGUGAGCAGUGAUGAGGAAUCUGGUCACAGCUUCCCAUUCGGAUCCACAUUGAUGGGGCGGGUGGAGAAGUUAGAGCUCCUGGUAGGACAAGAGAAGGUGGAGUGCUCUGCACUUGUAGUUGAGGAUGAGACAUUUGAGCUGUGCCUGGGAUUACAGACUCUGCAUAACCUCAAAUGCUGUAUAGAUUUGGACAAAGGGGUCCUGAAGCUCAGGGAAUCCAGCGAGGAGUUACCUUUCUUGGAGAGCCCGUUGAACCAAGUAGAGCCACCAACUUUCCUUCCUUGAGAUGUAUUACAAAAAGGCCUUACUGUCUGAAACAAAGUCUCAUCGUUUCACCAGCAAGAUAAUAUAAAAAUAAUCUUUGUGUUCCCUGAAUGUUUUUCUUGCAGGAUGAGUUGUAUUUGUUUUUGGAUGAGGGGUGGAAUUUUAUGAGUGAGACCUGACCUGACCUCUCUCUCUCUCUCUCUGCUGUUUUUGUGUUAAGGAGGAAUAAUCAGUUAAGGAUUGAACUUGUCAAGCAAAAGACUUCCUUUAUCUUUAAUUAAGUGGAAGGUGUGCCAUAAGCCAUUGGUAGCGUUUUGGUCAGAAGCUUUUGAAAACUCUGUAACGUAGUCCUCCUGUCUAAAACAUGUGUCUUAUUCUAUGUAUCUAGCACGGGGUAAAAAUAAUGCACUGAUAACUGUGUUUUGACAUAUUGCAAAUUGCACAGAAGAAGUGCACACUUUAUAAAUGUAUUUUCAUAAAAUAGAGAAGCUAAUGUACACAACUAACAUUAUUCCCUGGAUAGAUGAUUCACACUGUCCCCAUAAAAAGACUACAAUACACCCCAAAUCCUCAGAGAAGACGGUUCCAUCUCCCGCAAUGGAUCUCCUUAGGUCAUAUUCUUCUAGUUAACUUAAUGCUCCAUUUACUCCCAAGGUGUUGGCAAGGACUUGUCAGUUACUUUUCUUGGUGUGUGUUUGUAUGUUUUACCAGGGAGCUGUUUUAAAUUUGCCUUAUGUUUCUCCUUCAUUAUUCUGCAGACACCCCCCUUCCCCACCCCCCUCCCCCACUGCUCCUCCAAAAAAAAAAAAAUCUCAUAGUGACAGAGGAACUCAAAAAUGGAAUAACUUCAGAAAUUAUCAUUUUUAGCCUGAAACUGGUUCUUAUCCCAUGCCACACGUUAUGCCUACUCGAGAUAAACAAUGUAUCCCAGGACAUUUUAAUCUCCCUGUCAUGGUACCAAAAAAUUCAUGAAGAUGAUAAGCCAAAAUGAAUUGGACAUAAGUCUGGAAAUCUCAGUACAAUAAAAUGAGUUUCCAAAAAUAGUAGCAUGAUUUAGUUAAAGUUCACUGAUGUAAGUGUUUGUCAAGUUUGACAAUAUAUACAGUGGCUCUCAAAAGUAUUCACCCCCAAUUGGACUUUUCAACAAUUUAUUGUGUUUCAACAUGGAAUCAAAAUGGAUUUAAUUAGG